UCCCUCCCUCCCUCUCUCCAGUGUGGAGGUGAUUAGGCUGGGUCAUAGUUACUUUAUAAACUGGGACAGGAAGAUGUUCUGUCCACAGUGUAACACAGCAGCUGAAGCCAGGACCACCACUCUCAACGAGGAACUGGGACAGGUGGAGUACAUCUUCAGUGACAAGACAGGAACUCUCACUCAGAACAUCAUGAGCUUCAGCAAGUGCUCUAUCAAUGGACAUGCCUAUGGUGAGGUGAUCGACCCGUUGGGAGCACAGCCAAAGAGGCUAGAUUUCACCUCCUUCAACCCCCUGGCGGACCCUGACUUCUGUUACUAUGACAACGGUCUGCUGAAGUCGGUGAAGCUGGGAGACCUUCACAGCCACGAGUUCUUCCGGCUGCUUUCCCUCUGUCACACCGUCAUGAGUGAGGAGAAGAAGGAGGGAGAGUUGAUGUAUAAGGCCCAGUCUCCAGAUGAGGGUGCGUUGGUGACAGCAGCCAGGAACUUUGGUUUUGUGUUCCGGUCUAGAACCCCUGGUACUGUCACUGUGACAGAGCUGGGCCGACCCGUCACAUACACACUGCUGGCCAUCCUCGACUUCAACAACAUCCGCAAGAGGAUGUCCGUUAUAGUGCGUAACCCCGAGGGGAGGAUCCGUCUAUACUGUAAAGGAGCUGAUACUCUGUUGUUUGAGAGGCUCCACUCCUCCAACAAUCACCUGGUGAACAUCACAACAGAUCACCUUAAUGAGUAUGCUGGGGACGGUCUGCGGACCCUGGCCCUGGCCUACAGAGACCUGUCAGAGGAGCAGUGGGAGGAGUGGUCAGAGAGACACCGCCAAGCAGACAGAGCUACAGACUGUAGAGAGGACAGACUGGCUGACAUAUAUGAACACAUAGAACAGGACAUGAUGCUCCUGGGAGCCACAGCCAUAGAGGAUAAGCUACAGGAGGGAGUUCCUGAGACCAUCGCUAUUCUCUCUCUUGCUAACAUCAAGAUCUGGGUCCUCACGGGAGACAAACAGGAGACAGCAGUUAAUAUAGGUUACUCCUGUAAGAUGCUGACUGGUGAUAUGACUGAGGUGUUCAUCAUCAGUGGAAACACAGUGCUGAGUGUUAGAGAGGAACUCAGGAGAGCGAGGGAGAGGAUGAUAGACAGCAGUGUCCCCCUCCCCCUGGCCCUCCCGCCCCUCGACCCCCCAUCCUCAACCACGCUAGACUCCAUAUCUGGAGAGUUCGCCCUCGUCAUCAACGGACAUAGCCUGGCCCAUGCGUUGGAGGCUGAUAUGGAGGGGGAGUUUGUGUCUACAGCGUGUGUCUGUAGAGCAGUGAUCUGCUGCAGGGUGACUCCUCUACAGAAAGCCCUGGUGGUGGAGCUCAUCAAGAAACACAAGAAAGCUGUCACCCUGGCCAUAGGAGACGGGGCUAAUGAUGUUAGCAUGAUCAAGACGGCUCAUAUAGGAGUGGGCAUCAGUGGUCAGGAGGGCAUCCAGGCAGUGCUGGCGUCUGACUACUCCUUCUCCCAGUUCCGCUUCCUCCAGCGCCUGCUGCUGGUCCACGGACGCUGGUCCUACCUCCGCAUGUGUCGCUUCCUCUGCUACUUCUUCUACAAGAACUUUGCCUUCACCAUGGUGCACUUCUGGUUUGGCUUCUUCUGUGGCUUCUCUGCCCAGACAGUAUAUGAUCAGUACUUCAUCACUCUCUAUAACAUCGUCUACACCUCUCUCCCCGUGCUGGCCAUGGGAAUAUUUGACCAGGACGUCCCAGAACAGCGUAGUCUGGAGUAUCCUAAGCUGUAUGAGCCAGGUCAGCUUAACCUGCUGUUCAACAAGAGAGAGUUCUUCAUCUGUAUAACCCAGGGUAUCUACACUAGUGUUGUGUUGUUCUUCGUACCCUAUGCCAUCCUGUCCCACGGAACCCAGGGCACCGGGGAACCCCUCGCUGACUACCAGACCUUUGCUGUUACGACGGCCACCGCCCUGGUGAUCGUGGUCAGUGUGCAGAUUGCUCUGGACACAGGCUACUGGACAGCCAUCAACCAUUUCUUUGUGUGGGGCUCUGUGGGCUCCUUCUUCACCAUCAUGUUGGCUAUGCACAGCCAGACUCUAUUCAGCAUCUUUCCCAACCAGUUCCACUUCAUAGGCAGUGCCCAGAGCACACUGGUCCAGCCGCUGGUGUGGCUGACCAUCGUCUUGGCCACAGUGAUCUGCAUCGUUCCAGUUCUGGCUUUCCGAUUCCUCAAACUGGACCUGAAACCACAGCUCUCUGAUACGGUGCGUUACACCCAGCUAGUGCGUCAGAAGACGAGGAAGCCAGCGGGUCGAUGCAUGGGAGGAGUCAGGGUCGGGGGCGUGCCUGAGGGUCGUCUGGGGGCAAGGGGCGGGUUCAGGAGGUCAGGAUAUGCCUUUGCCCACCAGGAGGGCUUUGGGGAGCUCAUCACCUCUGGGAAGAACAUGAGACUGUCCUCCCUGGCCCUGGCCAACUUUGCCUCCAGACACAGCUCCAGCUGGAUAGACACCCUGCGCAAAAAGAAACACUCAAAUACACAUCCCCCGCAGAACGCCUCAGGAGAGAGCAGCCCGGCACCUAGCUAUGUGUCGGGAUCGGCUCCCCCCCUGUCUAAUUCAUCCUCUCUCCUGGGGGGGUCACAGGAUACUCCACUGGAGGAGGGAACACACACGCUGCCUGUCAUACUCCCACAGGUGGCUUCUGGCCCUCCCACAAACACACCAGCGUUAGCUCCAGCCCAGGUCCCCUCUGCUGACGCUCUCACUCCCACCUCUGUGAGGAGUCCUGGGGGAGACUCGGUUGGUGGCUGGAACCUUAGUCUGGGCGCUGUACAGGAUGCUCUAUUUGGUUGGAGGGGCGGCACCUCUCGCACCAGUGGAACCAGCAGCCCGGGACCUCCCCCUGUUCCCAAGGAAACCAACCACACCGUGUGAGAUGGACAGACAGAUGGACAGAUGAUAGAAAGAAGGACAGGCUGUCAUAUGCCACUGGAUUAUCUUGGAAUAUGUGAAGAAAUCCUGCAUUUGGAAGUUUGGAAUACUGAAGGUGGAAUGUUUGGAAUGGCACUCACCCUGGGUUAGGAAGAGAUCCAAAGUGGCAGCCAUUGUAGGCGGAAGGCAUACACACCCAUCAACACCCACUGGCAUUUGUAUGACACUGUCGUUGCAAUAGUGUUGGUACAUAUAUGUUUCCGUCUGAAAGACUACUGUGAUUAUUAUUAUUUGACCAUGCUGGUCAUUUAUGAACAUUUGAACAUCUUGGCCAUGUUCUGUUAUAAUCUCCACCCGGCACAGCCAGAAGAGAACUGGCCACCCCACACAGCCUGGUUCCUCUCUAGGUUUCUUCCUAGAUUUUGGCCUUUCUAGUGAGUUUUUCCUAGCCACUGUGCUUCUACACCUGCAUUGCUUGCUGUUUGGGGUUUUAGGCUGGGUUUCUGUACAGCACUUUGAGAUAUCAGCUGAUGUAAGAAGGGCUAUAUAAAUACAUUUUAUUUGAAAUCAAUUUUAUUUGAAAGAUAGUGUGUGGUAGUUGUAAUAGACAUGCUCAGACUACCCACAACCCACUUCUCUGUCUUCUUCACCCAAUGAGGCAGGCUGAAAGAAGCACCUCUUCAUGCAAAUGAUGUAACCAUCUGCUGAAGAGCUUGGUACCACAGGGUUCCGGACAGAAACCCCGCUCCAACAGCACCGCUGUGGUUCAGACAUGACUAUACUAUUUAUACAAUGGAUCAUAUGUCAUAACAUCAUAUCAGAUUGGUUCAAAACAAAGUAUUGAAUUGAGUCUUUAUGACAGAAGAGAGGUUAAUUUGAUCAUCAGAAAGGUGGUGAAUUGAGUCUUUAUGACAGAAGAGAGGUUCAUUUGAUCAUCAGAAAGGUGGUGAAUUGAGUCUUUAUGACAGAAGAGAGGUUCAUUUGAUGGUCAGAAAGGUGGUGAAUUGAGUCUUUAUGACAGAAGAGAGGUUCAUUUGAUCAUCAGAAAGGUGGUGAAUUGAGUCUUUAUGACAGAAGAGAGGUUCAUUUGAUCAUCAGAAAGGUGGUGAAUUGAGUCUUUAUGACAGAAGAGAGGUUCAUUUGAUCAUCAGAAAGGUGGUGAAUUGAGUCUUUAUGACAGAAGAGAGGUUCAUUUGAUGGUCAGAAAGGUGGUGAAUUGAGUCUUUAUGACAGAAGAGAGGUGCAUUUGAUCAUCAGAAAGGUGGUGAAUUGAGUCUUUAUGACAGAAGAGAGGUUCAUUUGAUCAUCAGAAAUGUGGUGAAUUGAGAUGAAAUAGCAGAAUGAGUGUUUUUUAUGAUCAGCUGCUGUUAGACAUAGUACUCCAAUACACCUGUCUGCAUCCAGCUGUUAACCAAUCAUAAACAUGUCUUUAAUAGGCCAAGUAGUGUUAUCUACCUUCUCUAAUAAUGUAUGACAGCGUGUAAACCAAUGCAGUAGUGUAGAGCUGUCCCUCUAACCUGUACAGUCUGUAUGAGGAAUGUCUCUAGAACCUUAUCAGUGGUCCUGGUCUUUGUAUUCAUGAUUACAUAUUGCUGUGUCACCAUGCCCAAAGGCUUAGUCAAACCAGACAGGCUGCACCAUCCUACACUCUUAUGGGUACAUACUACUGUACAUUCUCUAUCUGUCUGCCUGACUGAAAUGUUCACAUACAUAGUCCGUCUGUUGUUUUAGCCAAUAACUUGGCAGGACACUGAGGGGUUCAGUCAGCCAACCAAUGACUGAAGAAUGCAGGAUGCUGUCCUUGCUGGAAUGUUGUAGUAUAUGUCAUCAUAAGUUCAUGGGCAGAGUUUCUGUGUUCACUAUAGUUCUCAGUGAGAACGCCAUUUUAACCUCACAGGACACAGCAAGACUCCUCUUCGUCAUGUUCUUCUUCAUCCUCCUCCACUGCACCAUAUUGGUGACCUGCUGCUGGGCCCACAGACAGAACUACAGUUAUAUCUCUGACUCUGAGCCCCACCUGUGGGCUUAAGAGAGAAGAGAUGGACUUCUAACAACAACCUGGACCUCCAUGUUGCUUUGGGGCGGACUGACUCUGAGGCGUUGUGAGAGACAAUGGACAAUAAGCCCUCUAUGGCGUCCAUGUUGCUUUGGGGCGGACUGAGUGUGUGGGAAAAGUAUGCUAAUAUGGGCUUAUGCAGUCAGACAGGAACCUGUAGUUACCUAGAGACUGAGCUGGUCUAGGAACAGGAGAACGUGUUAAUGAACGGAGGCUUGGGAGGGAUCAGGGUUAUUAUUAUUAUUAAGCCUUAAUAAAUCCACAGUAAUGAUGA